UCCGCAGUCAGAAUGGAGAGGUUUGGACCUCAGUCGCCUGCGGUGGGGUAUUUUUUUUUUUUUGGUGAGGCGCUGAUGGUGGGUUUUAAUCGAUAAAAUGAGACUGUGAGGUUGUUAGGGAGCUAGCUGGAUAGUUGUGGCGAUUUCUAAUUUUGUAAUCAGUGCGUGAUUUUGUGUUAAAAGUCGUUCAGGAAUUUAAAAAAGAAAAGAAUAGAAAAAAGAUGACGACCACUACCACGUUUCAAGGCAUGGACCCGGAUGCCAAAAGCAGCUCCAGGGUUCUCCGUCCACCAGGUGGAGGCUCCAACAUCUCCUUUGGUUCUGACGAGGAGAAACCCACCACUCGCAAAAACAAAAUGGCUUCCAGCAUUUUCGCAGAACCUGAGGAUCCACAUGCUCAUCGAAGGAACAACCCUCCAGGUGGGAAGCCCACAGGUGUGCUAUGUGGAGAACCUUCAGCGCCACUCAGGAGGUGUGUCCAACAACCUGCUAAUCAAACCAGUGAUGCACAAGAUGAGCCUUCAUCUUCAGUUGUGAACGGAGAUGACAGAAAGAACGAGUCUGUGGAGGCGGUUGAGGCAGUGGAAGAGGCAGAGGCGACUCAGACGGAGAAGUCUGCACCGAAUGCCUUGUCUGAGAAAUCAUCAGGACGCAGAAACCCUCCUGGUGGCAAAUCCUCCCUCAUCCUGGGCUGAAUCUCUCUCUCUCUCUCUCUCUCUCUCUCUCUCUCUCUCUCUCUCUCUCUCUCGUCACAUCCAGAGCAAAGUUUACAAGCAUCUGGUCUGCAGUGACCAAACUGUGUGUGCUCUCACGCAUCUGUGUUUGUGUGUUGAUGCCUUGUAAAUCCAGGCCUUGGUCCUGAUUGUUGUCUGUUAUUCCUGCUCCCUGUUUUUUCUCUUGUCAUUACAGAAGUGGAUGAAUUGAG